CGUGCUGCCUCGCCCAGGGAGCCAGCGGCCUGCUGUAGCCGCUCGUGCUCCCGCCCUGUCCCGGUUCUGGUAACUGCGGGCUCGGUCCCGCGUGGGUCCCUGAGUCGGACAUGGCGGUGGUUGCAGCGGAAACACGUGUGUUCCUGGAAGUGCGGAGACGGCUGCAGAGCGCGUUGCUAAUCCUGGGUGAGCCAGAUGAAGGAGGGAUGCACCUGGACGUUUCCAUAACGCCCACCUCACUUUUGAUGAGAACCCCUGACGGCUGCACCGAGAUCCGGCUUCCAGCAGGGGUCAGACUUGUACCUUCCUCGUGCGCCGGGCUGCAGUAUAUCCGUGGAGAUGGUUUACACCUGCGCCUGCGUGCCCAGGCUGAAUCCAGCCCAAAACUGAUUUCCGUGUUUAAUCAAAGCUUGCAAGCCCAAGAAUGUUGCACCUUUUAUUGCCAGUCCUGUGGUGAAGUCGUGAUAAAGGACAGGAAGCUCCUCAGGGUGCUCCCACUGCCGAGUGAGAACUGGAACGCUCUGGUUGAAGAGUGGUGCUGUCAUCCCGACCCCUUUGCUAAUAAGCCUCUUCAUCCACGAGAAAAUGACUGUUUUCUUGGGGACUCAUUUUUCUUAGUGAAUUUGAGAAGUGAUGUGGAGCAGGAACCAAAAGCAAAUACCAAAGUCAUUUGUAAGCGUUGCAAGGUAAUGUUGGGAGAGACCGUAUCAUCAGAAACAACCAAAUUUUACAUGACAGAGGUAACUAUCCAGCCAUCUGAGGGAAGUUUUCCUAACAUACCAAGGUCUCAGUUUGUUCAGAGUGUUGUUGCCCAGUGCCUGGUAGAACUCUCCUCUGCUAGAAGCACUUUCAGAUUCACGAUUCAAGGUCAGGAUGGCAAAGUGUACAUCUUGCUCUGGAUUUUGAACUCAGACAGUUUGGUGAUCGAACCUCUGAGAAGUUCCGAUUGUAGCAAUAAGUUCCCACUGUUGGAAGAUUUCUCGGAAGCUGGCUCUAGCUCUGCCUGGAAUGCCAUCAAAGUCCUCUACCAGCCCUGUAUCAAAAGCAAAAAUCAAGAGCUUGCCAGCUCCUGGGAAGGUGACAUCAGCGUCCACCCUUUAACCCUGCCCUCUGCAACCUGUUUGGAGCUGCUGUUGAUACUAUCAAGGAACAACGUCUCCCUGCCUGUGUCCCUUCGCCAAAUGAAUUCCUUUCAGGUGGCCUUUUUGAAGAUAUAACUGUUGAAGCUGCGGCUUUCUGGUCUACCAGCCGAUAGCUCUCCAGCACAGACCACAGCCAAGGACAGCAGUUAGCUCUGUGAGCACAGCCUGCUGAGAUGAACAAGAACCAAGCUGCAGAAUGGGGGCCUUGUGCUGAAAUAUCCAGUUUUUCUUGUUUGCAUUUAUUCUUUAAGAGUCGACUUUAGAUCCCUGCAAACCCUAUGAAGAAAGUUGUAGUAGCAGGUUGUCGAAGGUUAAGUAUAGAAAUUGCAUCUCUACUUCCCACAGAGAGGAAUAUUCAAGUCUGUGCUGUGUCAGCACCACCUGGAAGCAUAUUAGCUAAUGGAAACCCAUCUGUCCUGUGUGAAUACAACGGAGAACUUCACUGGGGAGCUGAAUGUUACUUGCUUUAAAUCCUAGGAAAUAAACUUUUAAAGAGCUCCAAGUUUGUUUAAAACACAUCUUUAAAAACCAACAUGUACAAGUUUUCAUAUCUUAUUCAAAGGAGAUGCUUGUUGGUGUUUGUUGAAUGAGUGAUUAUCCAAUUAAAGUUUUCCUGAGGGUAUAAAACUGCAUGUGUUCCUUUUGUUCUUUAUUUCCUUUACCACAUGCAAUUGCAAAUUAAUAAAUGUACAAUGCUGGCAUCU